UUUGAAAGAAGAAGAAGGACUAACUAGACUACAGCUAUAGUCACUUGUUUACUUACAGUUAUCACAUGCCGGUUGUGUCCAGGCACGUGAUCUAUUGGCUCUCUUUAAUUGUUCGCGAAUUUGAAGUAUUAAAUAAAUAAAGUAUUCAAUAAAUUAUUUAAUGCAAAAAGUACGUAUCUCUGGAAUGUCGCAAGCAAAUUGGAAUGCGAGUGCUCCGAAAUAGCUUAUGCAUUCGACUGUACGCAGGAGGAAAUUGCUCGAUAACGAAACCGUUGCAUCAUUUUUCUACCGAGACAUCGAUAGCGUGAUGUUGUGCAACGAACGUAACGUCUUGCCAUUUUUAAAAUAAUUUUUACGUCUCUUUUCAUCACUGUACAUAUUCUCCUGGGCGUUCAUGUUACAAGUGAAGUAAAAGAAAUUUUUCGAACGUCUGUUUAGUGGCAAAACAGGAAUUAUGAAAGAAGGUGGGGUCGCUGAUUAGAUAAGACUAUCAGAAAUAUAUAGCUCGAUGUGUGCAGCUCCUCGCCGCACCACUUACUGAUCAAGACUGCCACUUUCACCGUCUGAAACUAGUCUAGUCUGCUUGGCUUGAAAGAUGGAUCCAGGGAAUAGACAGAAUGUGCAGCCUCUAGAGCCGUCCAAGCUCAGCAUCAAGUCCAGGCCGCUGUACCAGCCGUCCCUUGAAGAGCUGGUCGACGUUCUGGAAGAAGGGUUGCGUGCGAACUUCGUGGAGGUGACCAUCGGGAUCACCGACUGCCCCAACUUCAAUGAACAGCCCUACAAUUUCCAUCGAGAAGGGCUGUGCGGUAACCCGAUUGUCUUCGACAUCGGUGAUCCGGCGUACCUCCUGCCCAGCGCUCAGAGAGACAAGUUCUACGACGUCAAGUCGCUGCUGCGUCACUUGAACUACAAUACUACUGACUGCCUCGUGAUCGGCGCGGGGGCUGGACCAUGGCCGCGUACUGGCUGCAACUGCGAGCUCAUCAUGAAGAUGCACCUGUCGCCGCGGCAAGAAGUGGAGAACGCGACACGUUACGCGUUCGUGGGCAAGACUCCCAAUGAGGAGUGCGUUUUGCACCAAGUACCCGUGAACGAGGAUGAGACGACGUUCGCGUUGCUGGGGAACCUGUACGUAUGCGAAGGCAGGCCGGGCCAAGUGAUCGGGGUGCGCGCGAAGAAGCGCACCGGCAACCUGGACUUCAUAGCGUGCAUGCAGAAGGCACUGGGGAGCCGGUAUAAGGAUAAGCUCGUUGGUAUGGGCGGCACGUUCGUGAUGAGGAACGGGAAGAUAAAGCAACACGUGAUGCGGGACUUCUCAAAGACUCCGUUGAACAGCGAGGCCGAGCUGAACAACUGGUUACGCUUCUACGAAAUGGAAACGCCUCUGACUGCAGUUGGCACCUUCGUCAGCGCUGAAACGGACCUAGACCUCAGAGUCCAGCAUUUCCAUAGCGCUUCUGAUGAGAACAAACUGGGUGGACACUAUCAUAUCGAUACCACGCCGGAUACCAUUGAAUACGAAGGCUACUUCAACGUGGCAACUAUAAUCCAUCGCGUUGAUCAGCCUGCGAACAAAUUACAAUUUGGGAAAGAUUAAUUAAUAUAAGUAUGUCGAAUUGUUACUGUUGAUAUCUUGAAAUUUUAUCAAGUUAUUAUAUAAACUGACUAACAAACUUAAUGAGAGCAACAAAAGAUACGUCAGACAUAUUUUGUUAUAAUUUAUGUACACAAUAUGAUAGA